GAAGAUAUAAAAAUGGCCCCUUUGCAUCAGACCUGAGCCGAUCUUCGAUCCGUCUCUCUCCCGUCUCCUGCAGCGGCUCCCAAAUUAAAACCCUUGAAAAGUGGAGGCGUGUUCAAGUGCGUAUGAAUCCGAACACAGAGAGACAGACAGAGCUCCCGCAGAAGGCUACAAAGGCGCGAAACUUCGUUGACCCAAAACAGAGAACCCCAACCGCCGCGGCAGUAGUGAUCAUGGUGAAGGAAGAGGAGGAGGUCAUGGCAGAGGCAGCAGGAGGUGGACGCGGCGGCUACAUGGACCUGCUCGGUCUCGGAGAAGAGGACUACCUGCUGUGCCUGUCCCCUUCCUCCUCCUACUUCACUCCCAGUGUCGUCUCCGUCACCGGCGCCACGAUCACCACCACCACCACCACUCCCGCCGCGCCGUCGCCUACCUGCUGCGCCUACUACCUGGACCUGGCUCCCGCUCACCACCACACGCUGGGCUUCGCUGACCGAGAGCAGCAGUACCAUGGCGACGACGGCGCCCUCGGCUUCCAGCACUCCGGCGACGAUCGCGCGGUUCCGGCGGCUGUUCCGCACAAGUCCAGCACAACCACCGAGUGCUCCUCCUCCGUCUCCUCCAUGUCGUCCUCGCCGCCCGCGACCGCAGUCUCGGCCGUCUCCAGCUCAAAGCCGCAGGCUCCCAAGAAGAAGGGAUCAAGGAGCAGCAGCGACCAGAGAAAGGCUGCGUCCGCCGCUGCUCCUGCUACGGCUGCUGGUGCUACGAACAAGAGGCCCAGGGUGAGGAGGGAGAGGCUCGGCGAGAGGAUCAUAGCUCUGCAGCAGCUGGUUUCUCCGUUCGGAAAGUCUGAUACGGCUUCCGUUCUGCACGAGGCGCUGGGAUACAUACGCUUCCUACACGACCAGGUUCAGGUCCUGAGCUCGCCCUACAUGCAGCGGCGCCAGCCGGCCUCAGCAGCGCACGUCCAGGCGCAGGAGAGCGCGGCGGGGACGGUGGUGGAGCCGGCGCUGCCGAGCGACCUGAGGAGCCGGGGCCUGUGCCUGGUGCCCGUCUCCUACACGGAUAACUUCGCCGGCCACGGCCACGGCCACGGCAACGGCGCCGACCUCUGGUCCGUGGUGGCGGGGACAGGGAUGGGGACGGCGAAGGCGGCCGUGGACAACGAGGGGGCUGCCGGCGGAACGCUGCUGCCUGGUGGUGGUGGUGGUGCUGGUCACCCUCGCUUUACGGAUUAUGCGAGGGUUUAGGGCUUUCAGUAGGCUGGCUAAUCAGUCCCCGCCGUACUCCGCCACCUUUUGUUGAAGUAAACUUUUGGGGCUGCUUUAAUUUUGGUGGGAAACAAGGGCGCAGGGAUCCAUAUUUCCUCUCCAGUCAGUCUACACAGACCGACCGCAGCAGAUGCCUCAUGCCUGCCACAGCAGCCAGGAGCUCAGGAUGAUGCCAUGCCAUGCAAUGCAAGUGUGUAUAUUCUGGACGUGGAUGUGGGUUUCGGAUUUCUUUUACCCACAGGCCACAGCCUAGUACUACGCUACUACGAUUCUUU